GUUUGGCCCAUUUUAUCCAAAUCCAAUUUUUUUUUUUUUCAAAGUCAAGUGUUUGGUCAAAUUUUUAGAAAAAAAGAAGUGCUUUUGAAACAGUUUUGAAGAAAUAGAAAAACAUAGAUUCUCUCCAAAAAUAUUUUUGAAAAAAAUAUGAACAGUUUUUGAAAGGUUUGCCAAACACUAAGAAAAACAGUUCUUAUUUUUGUUUGGCCAAACCGGCUAUAAAGUUUGGUUCUAAUGAAAGCAGUGAAACACAGUAAGCAACCCACUGUGGGCAGAAAUGAAACAAGUACAGUUCUCAAAUCUAAUUAUUAUUCUCCCAUUGAAAUUCUAAUCGUGAAACUGCAAUGUUGAAGCAUACUUAUAAAACAUACUCCAGCAACAAAGAAUAUGUCAACAGAAGCAGAUUAAGUUGGAGCUACGAAAAUAAUGAUGGAGCUCCAACGGUUAAAUUUGAAGAAUAAACUGACAUGCCUGCUUGAGAAUUGCAGGAGCAUGAGAAAGCUGAAGCAGAUACAUGCCCACAUCACUACAUCUCCUAAGCUCUUUACCACUGACCGUUGCUUCCUAAUCUCUCGUCUUAUUUUCUUCUGCGCAUUUUCUCAAUCAGGGUCUCUCAUCUAUGCCAACGCCGUAUUCAGAUUCGUCCCUCGCAAAACUCUCUUCAUUUACAACUCCAUGAUCAGAGCUUACGCUUCAAGAAUCCAUGACCCCACUUCAUUUCAGCCCUUAAUUUUGUACAAACGAAUGCUGAAUGAUGGUAUUACACCUGACUGUAUUACAUUACCCUUCGUGUUAAAACAUUGCGUCAACAGAGUUAAUGAAUUUGUAGGAACAAGUGUUCAUGCCCAUGUUGUUAAGUUUGGGUUUCAUAGUGAUGUUUUUGUGCAGAAUUCUUUGAUAAGUUUGUAUUCACAAUGCGGGUCAGUGGGGAUUGCAAGGAAGGUAUUUGAUGAAAUGUCAAAUCGGGAUAUUGUUUCGUGGAAUUCUAUGGUAAUUGGGUGUCUGAGAAACGGAGAGUUGGAUAUGGCCUUAGAGUUGUUUAGGAGAAUGAAGAAGAGGAAUAUUAUUACUUGGAAUUCAAUUAUCACAGGGUUUGUACAAGGAGGUAGGCCAAAAGAAGCUUUAGAAUUCUUCUAUGAAAUGCAAAUUUCAGGUGAUGAUAUGGUUAGUCCAGAUAAAAUGACAAUUGCUAGUGUAAUCUCAGCUUGUGCUUCUCUUGGAGCAGUUGAUCAAGGUAAGUGGGUACAUGAUUACUUGAACAGGAGUGGAGUGGAGUGUGAUAUGGUAAUUUCCACCGCAUUAGUAGACAUGUAUGGCAAAUGUGGGAGUGUUUCUCGAGCACUUGAUGUUUUUAAGGCAAUGAAAAAUAAGGAUGUUUUGGCAUGUACAGCUAUGGUUUCUGCUUUUGCACUUAAUGGGAAUGGUAGAGAAGCAUUUGAGCUGUUCUUGGACAUGGAAGCGGCUGGAGUGAGGCCUAAUGCUGUGACUUUUACUGCUUUGUUGUCUGCUUGUGCACAUUCUGGCCUUAUAGAGAUAGGCCGAAGGUGUUUUGAUGUGAUGAGGCGUGCUUAUCACAUAGAGACACAAGUUCAACACUAUGCUUGCAUGGUUGACAUUCUUGGUCGAGCUGGUCUCUUUGAUGAGGCAGAAGGGCUAAUCAGAAGUAUGCCAAUGGAGCCAGAUGUUUUCGUUUGGGGUGCACUACUUGGUGGGUGCCAAAAGCACCGAAAUUUUCAGUUAGGAGAAAAGGUUUCUCGGUAUUUGAUUGCUUUGGAGCCUCUGAACCAUGCUUUUUAUGUUAAUCUUUGCGAUAUAUAUGCCAAAGCUGGUAGGUUUGACCAUGUUAAGGAGAUUAGAGCCCUUAUGAAGGAGAAAGGGAUUGAGAAGACAGUUCCUGGAUGCAGCAUGAUUGAAGUUGAUGGAGUUGUCCACGAAUUUUCUGUAAGAGGAUCUCCUCAAGUUUUGAUGACAGAAAUAAAGUCUGUAUUAACCAGUUUGAGUGAUGAGAUGGGAAGGAGAGUUAAUAUGAGCCCUUCUCUGGAAUGAUGGAGAGAGAAUUUUAUUAAUAUGUGAAAAUACUUACUGGUUUUUCAACAAUAUGUGCUCAUAGCAUGGUAUUCCAUCCGAAGACAUUAACAGUCGCACUUUGGCUAUCCCACACUUAUGGUCCAUCCCGUUGAGGUUUGAUGACCUCUGCAUUGAUAUUGCUUCUCUGGUUUUACAGUCAACACCAGGUAUCACCAGAUCAGAAAACGUUUUUGGCACCAGACCGAAUUGGCUAAGGAUCUUACAGCCGGCUUUAACUUCUAAGUCUUUCAUGCCCCAAAAAGAAAACAAAAGGUUACACUUUCUGGAUUCCGAUCAGGAAAAUUCCUGACAUUAGUGGCCACAAAUGUAGCAGCCCGUGGAUUGGAUAUUGACGACGUUCAAUUAAUUAUUCAGUGUGAGCUUCCACGCGAUGUCGAAGCGUAUAUUCAUCGAUCUGGAAGGACAGGACGGGCAGGAAAUACUGGUGUUGCUGUAAUGAUUUAUGAUCCUAAGUAGUCCAACAUUUCUAGGAUUGAAAGAGAAUCUGGUGUGAAGUUGGAGCAUCUAUCUGCUCCACAGCCAGCUGAUGUUGCUAAAGCGGCUGGGAAAGAAGCAGCAGAAGCAGUUGCUGAAAUUUCUGACAGCUUUGCAUAUAAUGUUUUGCGGAGGUUUCUACCCGAGGACAAGGUUGAAUCAAUCAAAGGACUUACUUUGACAGCUGAUGGAAAGGGUGCGGUUUUUGAUGUAUUUGCUGAUGACCUUGAUAUGUUUCUAGCUGGUAUGUUUCUUCAUUUUCGGUAACUGAGAUAUAUGAGAAUCAUCCACGAACAAAAUUCUAUUCAAAAGCCUUCCAUCAUCAUAGUUUGCUUCUUACACCCAUACUCAAGCAACCCCACUAUCUCAUUAAUCAGUGAUAAAAUGUCGCAAGAGAAAGACCAGGCAAGAGGUGGAAGAUUUGGUAGUGGUUUCGCUUUUCGCGGAAACUUAAUUCGGCCGUAGAUGGUGAAUAAGGCAAACAGUUUAUCCGAACAGUUGACUGUACAGGAAUGUUUUCGCCCUUAUGGCUUCAAAAUUUUGCGAUGAUGAAGAGAAGUGUGUAUUGCGGCUGCUGUUUAUGGAACAUGAUCAUUUGAUUUUCCCCAUAUAGGUUCAACUAGUGAACUUGCCUCUUUU